CAGCAGGCUUCAUAAACAAGUACGGAGUAGAUGUCAACACAUCUGCAACAUUUACACUUGGCCGAGUUCUACAAUCUGUGCUUGCGUUCUAAUAAUAUUCUAGUGUAUAUAUGGCCAUGAUCAGCAUUGAGCUAGUACACAAGGAUGCCAACGACCAUGAGAAUACCUUCAUUUUUCAUCUUUUGGGACACAUCUCGGCUCAAGGGACGGCAAACAAGGAAUAAAGCUCAUGGGGGGGUAAUCUCACAUGAUUUACGUUAAACCACAAUCCCCCACCUUCCUUCCGAGGUACUUGUUUCCCCACGAGCUUCUAUUUGGGUAAUUGUUUUUUAGCUCUCUCGAGAUGGGAUAUCAAAUUCCCAUUUUGGGGAAAACCAAUGUUUUACCGCAUUGGCAAUGUAGACAAAUUGCAUGAGUCUUUUUAAUCUUCAUGUUGGCUCAAUGUUCGAGACGAAUCUAAUCUUUGGGAGUCGUUUCCUCAACAUGCAACAGCCAACAGAGUACCAAUUGAUCAUCUCUCAACAUCUAAAACUCACAGAAAGCUCUACGAUAGUAGUAACUUCUAGGCAGGAGACAAUGAGUGUCCAAUCAAUUACAAAAUGAUCAGCCCCUCCAUCCCAUAUCCUUCAAGCAGGAACGAUCAUUAUGCAGGACAGCAAAAUGUGGGGUAGACAACAGUCAUAUCCCGUCAGUAUGUCCGAUAACGCAAUUCUACAUCAGUGACAUACACAAAGAUAAAGUUACUUCUCAACUUCUUCAUACCUCAUGCUAUCUCGUUACAACCUUGUUUGGAGAUCUAAUUCGACUUUUCGUUCUUCUUCAAAGUUCUUAACGAAGAACCUUCUAGUCAAAAACGGACACAGUUACCAUAAAAUGGCGACAAUCAUGCAAGAAGCAAAUCGUUUGAGGAGGGUGAUGGGGGAGGGCAAGGGGCCGGCGACGGGCUGCUGGCAGAUGAUUCCAGGAGCCAACGUUUCGAGAACUUUGGCGAGGACAGGUGUUGAUUGGGUCUUGGUGGAUUGCGAGCAUGGGAAUAUAGACGAUGCCGCAAUGCAUGAUGCAGUUCCAGCAAUUGCUGCGUGCGGGGUGAGUCCGAUAGUUAGAAUUCCAGAUAACCAAGGAUGGAUGGUUAAGCGGGCUUUGGACUGUGGUGCGCAUGGUGUACUUGUACCUCUCCUGUACACAGUAGAGGGAGCUGAACAGCUCGUGAAAAGUGCUAAGUUUCCGCCUCAAGGUCAAAGAGGCUUUGGAUCACCGUUUCCUCAUGAGCGCUUCAACCCCGAAUUGAACUCUGAUGCAUAUCUGAAGCAAGCCAAUGACAGCAUUCUGACCAUGGUACAAAUCGAAACCAAGGAAGCGUUGGAGAAUGUCGACGCCAUUGCUGCUGUCCCUGGUAUUGAUGUUCUUUUUAUUGGUCCUUUCGAUCUUGGCAACAACAUUGGCCAUCCCAUUAUUGCAGGACAAAUGCACGAGAAUCUUCAUGCUGCAAUUGCAAAGAUCUUGAAGGCGGCAAAUACAGCUGGAAAAAAGGCCGGUAUCUUUUGUACGAGUGGAGAACAAGCGAAAGGGUACGCAGAUCAGGGGUUCCAUAUGAUGAGUGUUGCAACAGAUAUGCAUAUUUUACCACAGGGUGUAAUCGCUGCCGUGAACAAGGCAAAGGGCCAAGAAGAUGGCCCCAAAUUGACUGGUCCCUACGGCAGAUAGAUCAAUGAUCGGUGUACAUAUACUUAUUCGGGACCGUACGAAAACGCCUUCGGAUGUUAGAAUAGACUGUAGAGGUACAGUUUCGGCAUAAAUCAGACAGAAUUUUCCCCUUCCACUUCAUCCAUCUUC